GUGACAUUGCACACACACACAGGAAGUUAACAUGGUGAAGUUUGAGCUUGUGAAGCUGCUCUCUCUUGCCUUGUGGCUGGGCAGAACCGCGACUGAGACACCCAAGGCAGACGUGAUCCCACCAGGGAGGAUAGCUGUGAUCGGAGCAGGCAUCGGCGGAGCAGCGACUGCACACUUCCUACGGCAGUACUUCGGACGGGACGUGCAGAUCGAUGUUUACGAGAGCGGGGCGGUGGGGGGCCGAUUGGCCAAGGCCACCAUCAGCGGGCAGGACCACGAGAUUGGAGCGGCAACCAUUCACCCUCUCAGCCUGCACAUGAAAGAAUUUGUUCGGCUGCUGGGCCUGACGGAGCAUGAUCACCACAGCAACCUCCUGACGGUGUACAAUGGUGAGGAGUUUGUAUUCGAGGAGAGCGAGUGGUACAUUGUUAACUUCUUCAAGCUGCUCUGGCGGUACGGCUUUGACUUUCUACGGGUGAAGAUGUGGCUGGAAAGUCAUCAGCACAAGUUCAUGAGGAUCUACCAGUACCAGAACCUGGGCUACUCCUUCACCAGCAUGGAUAAGAUGCUGCACGUGCUUGGAGGUGACACGUUUGUGCAGAUGACCAAGCAUUCCAUUGACGAGGCCUUGCAGAAUUUCGGCAUCAGCCAGAGGUUCAUUGAUGAGAUGGUUGGUCCCAUCAUCAGGCUCACCUACGGGGAAGGGAUCAACGUCAACGCGUUCGUAGGGAUGACUUCGAUUUCGGAGACAGAGUCCGACCUGUGGACCGUGGGAGAGGGGAACGAGAAGGUUUGCUCAGGCUUGCUCUACGCGACCAGAGUCAACCUCAUCAAGGGAAAGGUCACCUCGGUCCAUGCAAAGAAGAGGCCUCGUCGCGAUGGUGAGGUGGUUACGAUCUAUGAAGUGAACUACCUGGCUGAUGCUGACACUGACUAUGGGAUAUAUGAUAUCGUAAUUGUAGCUGCCCCUUUGCACAGCGCCAACCCGGAUAUCGGUUUCCAUGCUUUCUCCCAGCCGAUUGACGUAGUUCGGGGGCGAUAUCAACAGAAGGUGGUCACACUGGUGGAAGGUCAUUUAAACGCCUCCUUCUUUCGCUACCAAGGGGCCGGACCCUUCCACCCCACCACCAUCAGCACCACCGUGACCUCGGGCAGCUUCGUCCUGGGCGCCAGCGUCUCGCUGCCCGUGGGGAGCGCCGAAGCCCCCGCCCGGGUCUGGAAGGUGCUGUCGUCCGAGCCGCUGGGCGAGGAGGGGCUGCGGGGACUCUUCCGGUCCCACACUGCCGUGCGCCAGGCCCAGUGGCUCGCCCACCCCCGCUACAGCCCCGAAGACCGGGUGCCCCCCUUCGUCCUCCACCACCAGCUGUACCACCUCAACGCCAUCGAGUGGGCGGCCAGCACCCUGGAGAUGAUGGCCAUCGCCGCCAAGAACGUUGCCCUGCUCGCCCACCACCGCUGGUUCCAGCAGCUAGACAAGGUCGACCAAGACACACCACUAAACCUUAAGCUGGAACUCUAACCCACGUUGGCAAGAAAACACUUUAAAUGUUGACUUCAAGACCCUUCUGCACACUGGAUGUUUGCUUCCACCUGAAGGGUUGGGUUAUGUUAGCACAGAGUGAGAGUUACAUUGAGAAUCACGGCACAGAAAAAGACGAUGCUGCUAUUCCAGUCUGUACUAAUGUUGACACUCCAAGCAAUUCUCUUCCCCUCACUAUCACUCCACGUAGGAGGACAUUUUGAAUUCUCAAUGCUCUCUUGGGGUCCCGCUUGGGCAGCUUACAACCCAGCAGUAUGAAUAUUGAAUUCUCUAACUUCCAGUAACCCUUGCUUUCCCUCUCACUCCGUCCAUCUCCCAAUCCAGUUCUCCGAUUAGUUUCACUCUCCUGCUGAUUGAUUUUGCUGUUUGUCUGCCUCGUUGUCACCUUCCCCUCACCCACUUAUGAAACAUUCUACAUUUCCUUGAUCAUCGUCUGCUUUGCUCUGACGUUUUCACACCUUACCAUUCCCUAUCUCUUAGUCUCCCUCUCCCCUGACUCUCAGUCUGGAGAAGGGUGUCAACCCGAAACGGCACCCAUUACUUCUCUCCAGAGAUGCUGCCUGUCCCGCUGAGUUACUGCAGCUUUUUGUGUCUAUAUUCGGUAGCCUUCUAUCUAAACAAAUUUUGUCUAGAAUCCCCACAUAGAUUGAUCUGGAACAUUCUAUCUGGCUUGUACUUUUAGACACAAGGAACUGCAUAUCCUGGUUUACACAAAAGGAUGCAAAGUGCUGGAGUAACUCAGUGGGUCAGGCAGCAUCUCUGGGGAACAUGGAUACAUGACGUUUUGCGUGACGACCUAUGACGCGGCGGCGACGGGGCGUGACGGCGUAUGACGCACGGUGUUUUUUCAAGUGUCGCAACCACGUUUUUGUCGCCGCUGGAUUUUGAAAUGUUCAACAUCUUCUGGCGACACUGAUAUGACUCCGGCAAAAUCGCCAAGUGGGACAGACCCUUAAAGACCACACUAGAGUUGAUAAGAGGACGGUUCAGUUGCCUGAUAACGGCUGGAAAGAAACUGUUCCUAAAUCUGGAGGCAUGCUUUCCUCUGUACCUCUUGCCGGAUGGGAGAAGAGGGGGUGACCGGUGUGAGACUGGUCCUUGAUUAUGCCGGUGUCCUUGCCUAGGCAGCAUGGAGUGUAGAGCCAAUGGAAGAGAGACUGGUUUGUAUGACGGUCCGGGCUACAUCCACAACUCUCUGCAAUCUCUAAUUGGAGGUACUGGGCAAUGGAGAAAAGUGUGUCCCUGGUCCCUGGUGUGUCCCUGGUUAAAGCGGGAGCAUUAUUUGUAAUUCUUAAUUCUUUAUUAAAACAGAUCUGAAAGCAAGAACCAAACGUUGUGUCAAACUCUGGGAAAAUGGCAGGUUCACUCAUCCUGACUUCUGGAUGAAAUAUUCCACUGGAAAACGUAAUAGUUUUAACUCCUUUAAAUGGGCAUGAGUGAUGCGAGGGGUUUGCAACUUACACAAUACUUGAGUUUAUGAGUCAGUUAAAUUUGUACCAGAGCAGUAUCAAAUCUGCCCUUUACAUCGCUUGUUACAUGUCCUGUGGUCCAGAUUGCGAAAAUCUUUGGUUCAAUGGUUCAGUUUAGUUUUGUUUAUUAUCACAUGUACUGAGAAGGUACAUUGAGAUUUUUUGUUGUUGCAUAUAAAUCUGUAAGAUUAUUGCCAUACAUAAGUACAAUACCUGGUUAAGCACAUAAUGCAUAAAGACAGCCCGCUGAGUCUAUAUGCAGUAGUCAUCAGUUUUUGGCACCAUUUCGCAGUCACAACUGCAGCUGGCCAUAAAGGCCUGUAGCAGCCGUCGCCUCCAUCUUCUAGUAAACACUUCCAGUGUCAGUUCCAUUG